UACCUCUGGACCAACGUGCUGCUCUUUCUGUUUGCAGAUUUGGAUGAGCCGUCUCUAGAGUUGUUUGACAGUGGUGUGAGGCAGCGAGAUUCGCGCCAAGCACUCUCCCGGCAGCCAUGCCGCCGCCGGCAGACAUCGUCAAGGUGGCCAUCGAGUGGCCCGGGGCCUUCCCGAAGCUCAUGGAGAUAGACCAGAAAAAGCCCCUUUCAGCCAUUAUAAAGGAAGUGUGUGAGGGAUGGUCUUUGGGGAGCCAUGAAACCUAUGCUCUGCAGAUUGCCGAUGCAACAAAUUUCUACAUCACAGAAAAGAAUCGCAAUGACAUCAAAAAUGGCUCCAUCCUGCGUCUAACCACUUCUCCCUACCAGACGGCCCUCCAGCUUCAUGAACGGAUCCAGUCGUCCAGCAUGGAUGCAAAGCUGGAGUCGCUGAAAGACCUGGCCAACGCUUCCAGGGACAUCACCUUCGCGCAGGAGUUCAUCAACCUGGACGGCAUCUCGCUGCUCACUCAGAUGGUGGAAAGCGGCACUGAGCGCUAUCAGAAACUUCAGAAGAUUAUGAAGCCAUGUUUCGGUGACCUGCUGUCCUUUACUUUGACGGCCUUUGUGGAGUUGAUGGACCAUGGGAUUGUCUCCUGGGAUACGUUUUCUGUGGCCUUUAUCAAAAAGAUUGCCAGCUUUGUGAACAAGACCGCCAUGGACACAGCAGUGCUGCAGCGUUCCCUGGCCAUCCUGGAGUCCAUGGUGCUCAACAGUCAAGAUCUUUACCACAAGGUGGCGCAAGAGAUCACGAUUGGGCAGCUCAUCCCACACCUUCAGGGGACUGAUCAAGACAUCCAGACCUACACCAUCGCCGUUAUCAACGCUCUGUUCCUUAAAGCUCCGGAGGAGAAGAGACAGUUUGAUGAGAACAUUGUGGACAUCCUAAAUUGUCCCCUGACAGAGAUGGCCCACAUUCUAGCUCAGAAGCAGCUACGCUCCAUCAUUCUCACUAAUGUGAUCCGGAGCCCCACGCCCAUUAAUGAUGAGAUGGCGCAUCAGCUGUAUGUGCUGCAGGUGCUCAACUUCAACCUGCUCGAGGACCGCAUGAUGACCAAGAUGGAUCCUCAGGACCAGGCUCAGAGGGACAUCAUCUUUGAGCUUCGAAGGAUUGCCUUCGAUGUGGAGUGCGAGCCCAACAACGGAGGCAGCAUCGAAAAGCGCAAAUCCAUGUACACCAGAGACUACAAAAAGCUUGGCUUCAUUAAUCAUGUCAAUCCAGCCGUGGAUUUCACCCAGAUUCCUCCAGGCAUGCUGGCUCUCGAUAACAUGCUUUACUUUGCCAAACACCACCAGGAUGCUUACAUCAGGAUCGUCCUAGAGAACAGCAGCAGGGAAGACAAACACGAAUGCCCGUUCGGCCGCAGCAGCAUCGAGCUGACCAAGAUGCUCUGCGAGAUCCUGAAAGUCGGCGAACUUCCCAGUGAAAACUGUCAUGACUUCCACCCCAUGUUCUUCACCCACGAUCGCUCCUUUGAGGAGUUCUUCUGCAUCUGCAUCCAGCUGCUCAACAAGACCUGGAAGGAGAUGCGAGCCACAAGCGAAGACUUCAACAAGGUAGGCCGUGAGAGAGUAGGCAGCUCCAAGUUUGUAUUAACUACCAGGUCUUAGCUCACAUUUAUGGAUUUCCUGCCUGUGUAGAAAAAAAAAUCUUUUUCCAUCUGAUUGGUGUGACUUCACAUACCUGUGCACCCUUUUUUUUUUUUUUUGUACCUGCUGCUGUCAAUACCUUAAAAGUUUGGAUAUUAGAAGUACCUUUUUGACGUGAGGACAUUUUGGUGUGAGGGCAUUAGCUAAACGAUGCAUGCAGAGCUUAAUGCUAAGCGUCACAAUUGUUCAGCCUCAGAUUAUACUGACUGUGAAAUUCAGAUUAAUUACUCCUUGGUGAAGGAAGCGAAUGUGCUUCUUGGUGGAGGAUUUUGCCCAGCAAUGAUCAUUAAUUUUACUUAUGUCUAACUUGUUUAAUUGUAAUAUCUCUGAUGUUCUCCCCCCAGCUAUGUAGAAAGUUGCAGUCAGCAGAAGAACUGUGAUUUUCUCGCUACGAGGACUGAAUUUGUAGCUCGUGACAACCGUCAGCCUGAAACUGGAGUGCACAUUUGAAUGCAUUCUGCAAUUUAAAAUGUCAUGUCAGCACAUUAUCAGAGGGAAUAUACUCUUUACGGAGCGUAUGCAUCCUAAUGUGGGCGCAUAAUAAGGGGGGAUCAAGGAUAAUUCAGCGGGCAUCCAUUUUCUAAUCUGUAUGGCUUCCCUGCAGCUUCAACAUUUGCCGCUGACGGCACUGAUGUGUGGAAUACUAAAGCACUUGAGUUUUUAUCAGAGUCCUAAUGUGCACGUCGCCGUGCACUGUGAGUGUGUGUCCGUUUCUUCAGCGCUGAUUGCCAUUUCACUGCCUCGGUCUCUGUGGCCGAUUGAUUUAGCGUCACUCUGCACCCAUUACAAUAUGCUAAUUUAGGGAACAGUCUAAAACACAAAAAAAAAAACAAAAAAAAAAAAACACUGGCCUGCUGAUUUUUCUUUCGCCUUAAUGUGGUGCUCGGUAAAAGACGAGGCAGGUGUGUGUUUGUGUUUGUGGCGUGUUUAAUGGAGGCAAGUGUGACGCUCCCAGGGCAUUGCUUUGUCCAUCAGCAGCCGUUUCCCCUGUUUCCAUAGCAACCCCGUCCAAUUAUGUCGGCGGCGGCGCACUGCCCUGCCUCUGUUUUAGCUAAAAUGGAGCCACUCGCUCUGCGUGCGUACGCGCUUUUGUUUCGGCGUGAGCGCGCCUAUCGGCGACUCGUGAGGCUGCCUGUCGUCCCUUCAUCCGAGCGUCCGCGCUCACAGCCCCACUC